CUCACUACCUGAGGAAAAGCCACAUCAAGGGCACUGGAGUCACACAGAGAACACAAGCCUGAGAGGAGAAGAAUUUCACCGACUCACUGACACAAAGUCACAGCUCUGUUCUGGCUGAGUGGAUUAUACUGAUUCUGGUCUCACAGAAGGAUUAAUCAGAGAUGGCUGAGGCGCAUCAGGCGGUGGGCUUCCAGUUCACCGUGCGCCCAGAUGGUGUGGACCUUAAACUGAGUCAAGAGGUCAUCAAAAACAUCUACCUGUCAGGAGUGACAGCAUGGAAGAAGAAAGCCAUUCAAUUCAAGAAUGGCAUUCUGGCCGGUGUGUACCCUGCCAGUCCGUCCAGCUGGCUGAUAGUUGUGAUUGCCAUGAUGAGUUCCCUGUACAUCCGUGUCGACCCCUCUCUAGGAAUGAUUGACGCAAUCAAGGAAAACCUACCACACAGAGACUAUUUGUCAGCGCAGACCCGAGCGGUGCUGAGUGCCAUCCUGUUUGCCACUGGACUGUGGCUGUCCCUCAUCUACCUCCUGAGAUACACUCUCAAGGCCCUCCUCUCCUACCAUGGAUGGAUCUUUGAAUCCCAUGGAAAAAUGAGCACGUCAACUAAACUGUGGCUGAGCCUGGUGAAGAUGUUCUCCGGGCGCAGACCGCUGCUCUACAGUUUCCAGGCCUCCUUACCGCGCCUCCCUGUGCCCAGUGUGGAUGAUACAAUUCACAGGUACCUCGAGUCAGUCCGUCCUCUGCUGGACACUAAGCAGUACAACCAAAUGGAGAUUUUGGCCAAUGACUUUAAAGAGUCCAAAGCAGCCCAGCUACAGAGAUACCUGAUCUUAAAAUCCUGGUGGGCAACAAAUUAUGUGAGUGACUGGUGGGAGGAGUACAUCUACCUGAGGAGCAGGAGUCCUAUCAUGGUGAACAGUAACUUCUAUAUAAUGGACCUCUUGUACAUGACCCCAACACACCGACAGGCUGCACGGGCAGGGAAUGUGGUCCACGCCAUGCUGCAGUACAGGCGCAAGCUGGAACGCGGUGAACAUGCACCGCUGAGGGCUUUGGGGACCGUUCCUAUGUGCUCCACUCAGAUGGAGAGGAUGUUUAACACCACCCGCAUCCCUGGGAUUGAAACAGAUAUCGUGCAGCACCUGACUGACAGGAAGCACCUGCUUGUCUACCACAAGGGCCGUUUCUUCCAAGUGUGGCUGUACACCGGAGGCCGCCACCUAUUACCCAGUGAACUCGAGACACAGUUUCAGAGGAUCCUCAAUGACACAUCCGAACCACAGCCAGGAGAACUCAAAUUAGCUGCCCUGACUGCAGGAAGCAGAGUUCCAUGGGCUCGGGCUCGGAUUAAAUAUUUCGGCCAGGGGGUAAACAAAGCGUCCCUGGAUGCCAUUGAGUCAGCUGCCUUCUUCCUGACUCUGGAUGACGAGCCGCAGGGUUACGACCCUGCAAAGACCCGUUCGCUUGACAGUUACGCCAAGUCCCUGCUUCAUGGAAAAUGUUAUGACAGGUGGUUUGACAAGUCUUUUAACUUGAUCUCUUAUCCAAAUGGAAAAAUGGGCAUAAACGCUGAACAUUCUUGGGCGGAUGCACCGAUCGUAGGACAUAUGUGGGAGUAUGUCCUUGCAACAGACUGCUUCCAUCUUGGCUAUACGGAGGAGGGACACUGUAAAGGGGAUGUGAACAAAGGCUUACCUUGUCCCACUCGACUGCAGUGGCAGAUUCCAGCAGAGUGCCAAGACGCCAUAGAGAAAUCAUACUUAUCAGCCAAGCAGAUAGCUGAUGACGUGGACUUCCAUGGCUGCCUGUUUACCGAGUUUGGGAAAGGACUGAUCAAGAAGUGCCGGACCAGCCCCGAUGCCUUUAUUCAGCUGGCGCUGCAGCUGGCACAGUUCAGGGACCAGGGAGUGUUCUGUCUGACGUACGAGUCAUCGAUGACUCGUAUGUUCAGAGACGGACGGACGGAGACGGUGCGCUCCUGCACGUCUGAGGCCGUGGCCUUCGUCAGAGCCAUGGAGGACACAGGUGCAACAAAUGUACAGAGACUUGCCCUGUUCAGAAAGGCAGCCGAUAAGCACCAAAACAUGUAUCGUCUGGCCAUGACUGGUUCUGGUAUUGACCGCCACCUGUUCUGUCUCUACAUUGUGUCCAAAUACCUUGGUGUUGACUCGCCAUUUCUCAAGAAGGUGCUUUCAGAGCCCUGGAAGUUGUCCACCAGCCAGACUCCACAGCAGCAGCUCAAUUUAGUUGACAUCAACAAAUUCCCUAAAUAUGUGGGUGCUGGUGGUGGAUUUGGACCAGUGGCUGAUGACGGUUAUGGUGUGUCUUAUAUAAUUGUUGGGGAGAACCUCAUCACAUUCCACAUCUCCUGCAAGUUCUCCUGCCCCGACACAGACUCAUACCGGUUUGGUCAGCACAUCUGGAAGGCCAUGGUUGAUAUCCAGGCCCUUUUCAAGCUUGAAAACAAUAAGAAGAUUGUGGAGCAUCUGGAAAAUGGGAAAAAGCACAUAUAACGGACACUGUGCUGCAGUUGACUCACAGGAGAAACCUAUGAGUGUCUUUGCCAUGCUUCUGGUGACAGGCUGCACUUCUGAUCUUUUUUUUUUUGCUAUUCUGGUCACAUUCUAGGAGCUGGUCAUUCCACUCUGUCAGACAGAAGGACUAGUUGUUACUCCUCUAAUUUAUUUCUAUUUAUACACUAUUAUACUUUUCAGAACUGUGUUGUUUUGGUGCCGAGGGAAAGAUGUGAUCUGUAUUAUCAGCAAAACGCUGAAACUUAUCAUCAGUUUAUGCCAAAGACUGUAUACAAACACAAUAUAAUACAUCAAAAAUAUUUAUAUAUGGUCUGUGGUUUGUGCAUAAGAAGGUUGUAAAUAAUCUGCUUAAAAGAAUUUAGUACUAUGUUUGAAGAUAUAAAUCCUUUGUUACUUGAUGAGCUUGCUGUACCUGUUAAGGUGUUUGUCAUUUUUUGAUUAACACAUUAAAGCUCACCAUGAGUGCUUUUUGUGCAAUAUAUGUAGAAAUGCAAAUCAUUGGAAAUCAAAGGGAGAUAAUAUAUAUUUAAAAAACAAACAAACAAACAAAAAAACAAUAUCUUGAGGAUUCCCCACUUGAUUACUUGCAUUAGGGUAAUUUUUUUGUAUAUUUUAUGUUAAACUAUGCAAAUAUGGCUCAUGUCUAAUCAGGGUUCUCACUCUUUUCCAGGACAUUUUCAGUGACGAUCUAUCUGGCACCCAUAAACUAAUAUAUUCCUUAAUUAAUCAAUUCAUGACCCCAAUACUUUUUUUCUCUUGUUAAUGACGGUGUGUUAUCCACGAUUGUCUGGACAUCAAUAACUGAAUAGCACGAACACCAGUAACACAAGGGUUGCUGGGAGUUUUGCUUUCAUCAAGAGCAAUAGGAAAUCUACAAAAACAGAAAAACGACAAGUCACUUAAAAUGAACAACUCGCUGAGAAAAAUCUACAUUUUUAUAAUACUACACAGUAAACUACUAAUUCCAUACUGUAUUGUGUAGUUUUGGGUAGUUUAAAUCAUGUUUCAGGACAUCACAAGAUUUUCCAGGACAUUCUGCUUGUUCUCUCAUUUUUCAUGUGUUUUCCAUGACUGUGAAACUGAUUUGAAUAAAUCAAUUAACAGAAAUCGGAA